AUGGCUGGGAAACCUAAGCUUUACUACUUCAAUGGAAGAGGCCUUAUGGAAACCAUAAGGUGGCUGUUGGCUGCAGCAGGAGUCGAGGUUGGUUUGUCUUCAGAAUUUCUCUGAGAAAGCACCUUUCCCCCACCCACAAAAAAGAAUCAAGGGAACUGCUGUUUGUUCAGCGUUGUUAUGUAACAAGAACUGGGGUAAACUACACCUCCCAGGAUUCUUCGUGGGAAGCCAUGUGCUUUCCAAGAGCUCUAAAUGUAUGGUGUGUACAGAAUCUCCAAGUGUCCAUGUUUUCCAGGGAGGUUCUGGAUUUAGAGAAGCUGUCCUGGCUUCUGAUUUGAUACCAGAAUGUCCCGCUUUUUCUUAGGAUGUCCCUAUUUUCAUUGGAGAAAUGUUGAAGGAUAUGGAGUUAUCUGACUCCCGAACUGUCUGAAGGCAAUUCUGUAUGAGGAAGUUUUUUUAAAAUGUUUAAUGUUUUCUUAUGUUUUUAUAUGUGUUGGAAGCCACCCAGAGUGGCUGUGGCAACCCAGUAAGAUGUGGUAUAAACAAUAAAAUUAUCAUUUAUUGGUGUUUUGCGACUUUGACCUGUUGCAGGACCUUAGCCAGACCUUAGCAGAGCAUACGCAGAGUUCCAGAAAGCAAUCAGUUGCAGGCAGGAUGGACGAAGCAGGAACAAAUGCUGCUACUAGUAACUAGGUUACUUUGAUAUGUUUAUUAUUUACAGCAGACUCUACAAGUUACUAUAUACAAGAACAGAAAUGGUUCUUAACUAGCUCUCUCUUAACAAACUCCAAACGACUCUCAGAACACCACACUGACCAACAACACAUUCCAGUCAGUAGGUCAUAAAUCAUUAUGCCUGUGUGAGACUUCAACCAAUGGUAAAGCUGUUCCCAAGCUUCCAUAUCUCCAGGCAGAAUUACUCCUUUCUGCUCAGUCAUCCUUGGCUGUCUGCCAAUUCUUAAUUGACUCUGUGUGAAGCUGAACAGAAUAACACGUAGUCAAAAUCCCAACAUCAUUAUGGAAUGGGACGUCCCUAUUUUCUUGGUGUGUGUGUGCAUGUAGACUAAGAAUCCAUUUCUGGCAGUUUCUAAUUUUGGUUCCAGCCCUACCAUUUGCCAAGGGGAAGCACCUGCCUCAGGCGGUUGAUUUUAGCUAUCCUGGAAAGGGCAGCAGAUUGUUGUGUUAUUUCCAUUCAUUAUUAUUGUACUUUUACUGCUAAGGAGGGAGAGACAUGAUUGUAGGAUUUUUUUAUGCUUCGUGUGCUAAGGUAACGUGACCAGCCUGUAGUACUAGUAUCUACCUUGAUUUCUGCAUGGGAAACAUUUGCUGUUUUGUCCCAGACAGAGGGGAAAAAGCUGGCCCAACUUUCACACCGAGGCAACUGCUUUUUGUUCCCAAAAAGUUGACUGUGAAAGGGGAGAAUACUUAAAAGGUUUUCAUCAAAUUUCCUUCAGUGGUUUGGAAGUAGUUUAGAGCCUGAAAUUAUUUCAUGAUGCCCCUGAAAUAUUUUGCCUCUUUUGUUUUCUAGUUUGAAGAACAACUUAUUGAGGAGAAAGAAGAUCUAGAAAAGUUAAGGCAGGGUAAGUAUGUCAUCUGAAUGUUAUAUGAGAGGGAGAGAGAGAGAGAGAGAGAGAGAGAGAGAGAGGGAGAGAGAGAGUUUUAUAUGUUAUAUGUUAUAACCCAGUUGUGGACUGGGUAUUUUCCUAUCCCUAGUCAGAUCAGAAUAGACCUCCUGAAAUCAGUACACAUGACAAAUGCAAGUCUGUUGAUUUCAGUAGGUCUGUUCUAAAAACAACUUUAUAAGAUACAACCGAUAGAAAUGGGUAUAAUUUCUAUUUAUUCACCUCUCAAGACAUUUACAAUGAUAAGCACACAAACCUCAGGAUUGCAGUGAAGCCCUACCCUCCUCCUGUCCAGGUUUAUGGCAAACCUCCAAUUGAAGUUAAUAGAGCAGGGUAGAUUCUCUGUACAAUAUGAAGAACAGAUAGCCAACUCAGAAAAGUCACUGUGCAAUUUUACGUGUGCCUACUCACAUGUGGACAACACUGAGUUCAGUGGGACUAUCUUCCAGGGAAGGGUGUAUAGGAUCUCAGCCUUAGUAGCAGGUGUUUUCUAAAUAUACUUGUUUCUCCAUUUCUGCAUUGUGCAGUCUCAGUUAUGUGUGCACACUCAGUUAUGUGUGCACACUUUAAGGCAAAAAUAUGUGUGAAUACACUGUUGUGAUCUGGUUAUAUUACUUUUAUAUACAAUGUUGUCAUCUGGUUAUUUUGCCACUCAACUCUGCAUUCUGAAGAAUGGUUUGCUUGUUUUUUUUAGCUAGAGAGCAGAAGUAUCUUAAAUAACAUACAAAACUAGUUUCCAAUGUGUGCUUGCUGUACAGAUUUAGCACAUGUUCUGCAAAAAGGUUUUGAGGGGAAAGCAGAGGCAAACAUGAUUAUCGCAAAGGCACAAUGUAAAAGUAAAGACUCAAAAUCAAAGCAUGGCUUGUGAGAUGCUCCUGAAAAUUUACUUUCCAUAGUCAUUACCUGGGAGGAUGGAUUGAUUUUUCACUUUCCUUUCACAAGGUGGAGACCUGCUCUUUCAGCAAGUGCCCAUGGUGGAAAUGGAUGGGAUGAAGAUGGUGCAGAGCCGAGCUAUUCUCAACUACAUUGCAGCCAAAUAUAAUCUCUACGGGAAGGACAUGAAGCAGAGAGCAUGGUACUGUAGCAUUCCUUUAAGUUUGGUUCAUAAAUGCACGUUUUGGUUUGCUGUGUAUGAUUUAAGAGGAAAUCUCUGGUCUAUCAUAUGAUCUACUGAUGACUUAUGAGUCAGUACGUUUCAUCUCUACUGUCAGAUUGGGCAAGAAAGGGUCCAGUAUGAGCUAUUUUGACCUCUCAGUCCCAGCAAAAUUCAUGUGGACUGGUUCCUUUGAAAUCAACGUGGUUUCUCCAAAGUUCAUACUCUAGUCUUUCAUGUAAUCCCAGUAGCCUGGAUCACUGGAAGGCGUUGUAUUUUUCUUUUGCGGAUGUAUAAAUCUGAGUUUUGACAUAAGGCUCUUCCUUAGAAAAAAGUGUAGCCGUUGAAGAUAAUAGUACGCCAAGAAGCACAUGUAUUAAAAACACAGGGAGAGGCUCUUUCCAAGGAAAAAUACCCUUUCUCAAACAUACCAGAUAAUUGCACCUGUUUAUCUGCUGGGAUAUCACACAUUUUGUGCCAGUGAUGCUACUACAAUAUUCAUUGCCCCUCCCCUCCCUGACAGGUUUUUGGCUCUGUUCGUUUUACAUUAUCAUUAUCAUUACUGCUACUGCUGUUGUUUUUCUUGUAAUUAUCUGAAUAACUGAGAUGAGGAAACACCUUUCUACUAUUGACAAAUGAGUUUUAUUAUAACCAUCACAUUUCCAACUUGACAAAGCAAUUAGCCUGCUACUGAGUGAUCCGGUCAUGGCAACAUUCUCUUUCCUACAGGAUUGAUACGUACUGUGAAGCUACUAUGGAUAUGAAUCAAUCAAUAACAAUGCUUCCUUUCAAGCCAGCUGACAAGAGGGAGAAGGCGUUUGCAGAUAUUAUUGAAAAAGCCACCACCAGAUACUUCCCAGUCUUCGAAAAGGUACGAGGCGAAGAAAGAAUGAAACUUACAACCCUUUUAAGAGAAGUCACCUAGGCUCAACUGUAAUGUUGAUAGGACUGCUUGGUCCAACAUAAAGACAUAGAAGCAUAGAAUUGCAGGGUUGGAAGGGACCACAAGGGACAUCUAUUGCAACCCCUGCAAAGCAGGAAUCUUUUCCCAACAUAGGAUUCGAACCCAUGGCCCUGAGAUUAGGAGCCUCACGUUCUUACUGACUGAGCUACCAUUUCCUUAUUCCUUGCAUUUCCAAACUUCUAAUAGCAACUCUUUAGUUUUAAAAAGCUGUGUGAGAGAAGACCAGGAAUCACACACAGUAUUCAUUUAUGACAUGAACUUCUUAUCUCAGCAUCUGCACCACCCCAUGGAAACAAGAUAAGCAGUGAUUUGGGGAGAAGGAAGGUCAUGCUCCAUCUUCUCUUUGUUAGGCAGUGGUUUGUUGGAACUCAUACAUCAGAACUUAUACAAAUCCUCUUCAUCUCAUGAUGCAAUAUUAUCUGGGUGUUAGAUAAUUCAAAAGUGGUCAGAAUUCACAUUCUUCUCUUUGCGUAUUUUUGUGUAUUUACCUAAAGUGCUCUCAAUAUAUUUCAUGCUGGCCACAUAACCCAGAAAGCUAUCUGUGGACAAACGCCAGCUCCCUCGGUCAGAAAGCAAGAUGAGUGCCACAACCCAUAGUUGCCUUUGACUGGACCUAACCAUCCAGAGGUCCUUUACCUUUUCUUUUUUCCUUUUACCUUAUUUCAUGCUCUGUAGGUCUUCAAAGAUCAUGGGCAAAAUUUUCUUGUUGGAAAUCAGCUCAGCAGAGCAGAUAUUCAAUUGCUUGAAGCCAUUUUAACAGUGGAAGAGCUGAAGGCUGAUAUUCUCGCCAAAUUCCCUCUUUUAAAGGUAAGUAACACCAUUUCACAACUUAUUAUAAAAGUGAAAAGAUAGGCAGUGAACAGGUUCCCUGGCUCUUUAAGUUCUCAUUAGCUACCAGGUCAAGAAUGUGAAAUCCUCCAGAUAUUGUGCAAUGCAGCUCCCAUCCACCCUGAUCAUUGGGUUUCUACAAGCCAUUUGUGAAUUAAAUGUAGACACAUACAGGUUAACCCACAUACGAUUAUAAGCCUGCAAUAGAGCUCCCUUUUCAAAGGGACAUAAUUGGGUUUUGAGUAGAUCUGAAGUUUCUUGCUUGUAGUUUAAUGAAACUGUUGACCAUGAAACUUUUGUAACCGUAGAUGACAAAUGAUUAUUUGGGAAUGCCACCAUUUCUCCUUUUCUCUUCUAAAAUAUUUUGCUGUCUCUCUCUCUUAGGCUUUUAAAGAGAGAAUAAGCAACAUACCUACAGUCAAGAAAUUUCUGCAGCCCGGUAGCCCAAGAAAACCACCAAUAGAUGAAAAGGGUAUUAAAAAGGCAAUGGAAGUUUUCCACUUAAUUGACGACUAG